UCAAUUAUCGUUUAUAAAAUGAAACACAAAAAUUAUAUCUUAUUUUAUUUAUUUUAUAAUAAUAAUAAUUCAUGUUAAAGUAAAAAUAUUAUAUUAAAUUAAAUAUGAUAAAUUAUAUUAAAUUGAUAAAUUUAUAAUUUUAUUUUCAUAAAUAUAAAAUAUUUAUACUAAAAAUAUAAUACGAUGACAUAACCACUUAACAUUCGCAAACUAUAUGAUACAUGUAUAAAAAUUGAAUGUAUUUUAGAUUUUUUGUAUAUAUAAAGAAUAUAUUUUUAAAAUGAAUAAACGUAAAAAAAAUAUUGCUAUAAGGAAAUACGACUUUGAAGGUUGGCGGGUCAAAAUUGAAUAUAAAUUUGAUACAAAAUAAUUUUCAAAUAUGUUGUUUCAUGCAUAUAUUAAUUUGUUUAAUAACAAAAUCCAAAUACAGUAACAUAAAUAUAUAAUAAGAAAUAACAAAUACAUGUGAUGGUUUUAAACUAUUGAUUGUUACACCAUGUAAACUAUAAAAUUGUUAUAUUUGAAAUAGGUAUAUAAACAUUUAAAUAUAUGGUUAACGUUAAAAUUGUAUAUCACUAAUGAACUAAAAUAAAUAUAUAUAUUUAUAAAACCGAAAAAGAAUACCCGCGCGGUUGCGCGGAUCAAGAUCUAGUAUUGUUUUAAAUAAGCAGAGGUAUUUUCAAAGUACCAACGUUAUCUGUGAAAGGAUUAUGUUAUGUGAUGCCGUAUCAGAGAUAUUUGUAAUUAUUAAAAAGUGAAAACAGUUAGUUAUAUGGCCGCCAAGAUGGACCUAGACAUCGUCUACGCGCACUUCUCUUCAACUAUGCUCAGAUCAUCUUAUUAUUAUAUAAGAUAUCCAAAGAGAAUGAAACGUACUUGGAUUUUAAAACUCUUCAGAGCUUGAGACCUGAGAAAAAAAAAUUCAUGGAGAUGUCAGAAGCUUCAAAACAGACUACAAGACAUGAAGAAUCAGAGCACCUUCAGAAUCCAGAACCAGACCAGAUAUUGAGCCAAAGAAGAUCGUUGAUUGUAACUCAAAGAAAAUGGUGGCUCUCUGUUUCGUUGUGUCUUUUUCUGGUCGUGCUCGGAGACUCUCUUGUCAUGCUUCUCUUAAACUUCUUCUAUGUCCAAGACAAUCGAGAAGAUAGUGAUCAAGAUCUACAAUACACAGGAACAUGGACACAGGCUCUGAUUCAAAACGCUGCGUUUCCAAUCCUUAUCCCUCUCUUCUUCAUUUUCCGUUCCCCAAAACAAAACCCUGAAACCAACAAUACUCGUUUUCUCUCUUUUCGUAUCCUCUUUCUGUACAUGUCGCUUGGUGUUCUUGUUGCUGCUCAUAGCAAGUUAUUCGCUCUUGGGAAGUUAUACGCGAACUAUGGUGUAUUCACGUUGAUUUCCGCGAUCCAAUUGAUAUUCACAGCUAUUUUCACAGCCAUCAUUAACCGUUUCAAGUUUAACAGAUGGAUCAUCAUAUCUAUUCUCCUCACUAUUGUGAUAUACGUAUUCGGUAGCCCUGAAUUUGGAGGAGAGCCUGAUGAAAAUGAAGAAUUUUAUAACAUCCAAGCUUGGUUAACCUUCGCGGGUUCGGUUGCUUUCGCACUAUCUCUCUGCUUCUUCCAACUCGGGUUUGAGAAACUUUUGGUGAAAACAAAGAGAUAUGGUAACAAGAAAGUGUUUAGAAUGGUCUUGGAGAUGCAAAUAUGCGUCUCUUUUGUCGCAUCAGUUGUUUGUCUUGUUGGUUUGAUUGCAAGUGGUGAAUAUAAGGAAUUGAAAGACGAUAGCCAACGGUUUAAGAAAGGCGACACAUAUUAUGUUUUAAGUUUGGUUGGGUUGGCUUUGUCGUGGCAGGUUUGGUCGGUCGGAUUGAUCGGGUUGGUGCUUUAUGUUUCGGGUUUGUUUGGUGAUGUCGUACAUAUGUGUACUUCACCACUUGUGGCUCUGAUUGUUGUGUUAGCAUUUGAUUUUAUGGAUGAUGAUUUUAGUUGGCCUAGAAUAGGUGCUUUGAUAGGAACAACUUUGGCUUUAGGAUCGUACUUCUACUCAAUGCACAAAAAAAACAAGAAGGAGAUGAUGGAACUUGACCGAAGAGAGAACAGUGUUGAAGUUUAAUCUCUCAUGUCAAAUAUACGUUUGGGUCUUUUCAAAUACUUUCUUGUACUUCUUUAUCUUUCAAAUCAAUGUCAAAUAUGUUGUAUAGAUCUGAAAACUGUGUAAUUCAUUGUUAAUUGUUGUACUUUUCCGGUACUUGUUAAUAAACGUAAAAAAAAAAAAGUGGUUAAUGAGGAUUUGGUUCCCUUUGUGAA